UAAGAUAGUAAAUCUAAUUCUAAUAAAAUAUUAAGAUUAGUAAAUACUAAAAGAUUUCACGACUUAAGUAUUGCAUCAACAAUGCCUGCGAAAAUAUUAGCUAUAGAAUCUUAACUGGAAAAAUUCCGAGAAUAAAAAAUAAAAAGUGAAUAAUUAGCAAAAAUUUAAAAAGAAAUGGAAACAAAAUAAGAAAAAGUAUUUUAUACUUCAAUGAGAGAAUAUGAAUUAAAUAAAAUAAAAAAAGCACAUUAAUAUAUAUAAGACUAAACAAAAAAUAUAUAAUAAUAAUGGAGUAUUUCUUAAUAAAAAUAUUAAAAUAGAUUACAUAAAGAACAAGAACUAUAAGAAUAUUUAACUAACAGAAUAAAAAAAUAAAUAUUAGAUGAAAAAAAUUUCCAAAAUAAUGAAUUUUAAACUGGAUUAGAUUAUUUCUAAGAAAACUGUAUUAUAUAGGGUGUUUAAUUAGAACAUGAUCCUGAUAAUAUUAAACCUCCUCCAAAAUAACAUUUUUCAAUAAAUGCAACUAUGAUAAAACUUAGAGAAAAAACUUAAAAAAGUUAAUUAGCAAGAAAAGAUAG